AUGAGCGCCUACCGCAACGGCAGCAGCAAUGGCCUGCCGGGGGAUGAUCAGAUGCCCAGUUACGAGGAGGCGAUUGCGGAGGGAGCGAACCCGACCUCGGCCAGGCCGCCAUCCCUCUCCGGGUCAAUACCCUCGCUCAAUCUGCACAACGGCACGCUCCCGCCGUCGAUGCUCCGGCUCAGGAGCCUCGGGCGCACCCUCGGCCAAAACGGUCCCGUGACGGCGCUCAUCUUCAGCCCCAAGGGCUACGUCGCGUCGUCCCUGGACAACGCGGGCACGGCGCUGCCGUCGAACACGAAGCUCUGGGACUUCUUGUCUAAGCCGCCGCCGGGAGUGGCCGCCGGGCCGCAGCUCGUGCCGUCCGACAUCCACAACGACGCGCCCGUCGUCGUCUUCAGCCCGGACAGCAAGCUGGUGGCGGUGGCGGAGAGGGACAUCGGCUCGAAGCGCGAGUGGCGCCUCAAGCUGCGGAUGGGCGAGGAGGGCAGGAGCGUGCGAUGCAUCCUCAACGGGGUGGCGCAUCCGGCCGUGUUCAGCGGUGACGGGCAGAUGCUCGCGGCGACGGACCCGUCGGGCGUCGUCGUCGUGUUCGAGGCGGCGACGAGCCCCCGGGGGAUGCCGCCGACGAAGAAGGUGGCCGGGGUCGUGAACCACGCGCCGACGACGCACGUGCUCUUCAUGCCCAACGGGACAGACCUCGUGACGCUGUCGAUGGACGGGACGGUGAGGGUCGCGGAGGCCCGGACGGGGAAGACGCUGAGGCGGAUGGAGGUGGACGGAGCGGCGAUGGCGGGCAGCGGCGGCACGGGGGCGCGGGCGUUGGGGGUGUCGCCGGACGGACGGGUCGUCGUGUCGGUUUGGUCGCGGGCCGUGUACGUGUGGGAGCACGAGGCCGGGCGGGUGUCGAGCUGGGAGCUGAACAAGGUCCGGAGCAACGAGGGCUGGCCGCUGGCGGUGUCGCCCGACUGCCGAUUUCUGGCGUGCCGCACCGACGAUGGCGUGGACAUCUCGGACGUGUACUCGGGCCACGUGCUCGCCGAAGUGCGGACGGCGGCGGGCAUCGACGGGCUAGUGACGGCGGCGGCCUUCUCAGCGGACGGGCGGUUCAUGGCGGUCGGGAGAUACUCGGGGGUUGUCGAGAUGUGGAAGCUCGCGCCGUUCGGGGACUGA